CUGCCCGGGAGCGUCCCCCCUCCCCCGCCGCCGCGCUCGGACAGUCUGCGUCUGUCGGCCGAGGACAUGGUACUAUCAGCCAACGCGGGCGCGAGGACCUCCACCGGAGCCCUGGCGCACUACCUGACCGCCGAGCUGCUCGCAACACGCCCCCAGCCGCGAUCGGCGCUGUCUCUCAGAGUGGACAGCGAGCCGGCGCCCUGCAUCAAACUGACAGCCAGCGCGCACGCUCUCCCUUAUAUACCCAUACUGCCCCCUCCUCCGCCGCCCGCAACUCGCCCCGCCCCCUUGCCGCUGGAGCCCCUCCCCCCGCCGGAGCUAUUCGACUUCUGA